GCACCGCUCCUCCCCGAUUUCCGUUCGACACACAGCCAGCCCUCGCGCACCUCGCUUCGCCCUCGCGUCCAUCGGCGAACGCCUCCACCGCCGGCGACUGCCCCCAUCUCCUCCGACCAGCCGCCCCACGCCGCCAGAUCGUCGACCGCCCCGCCAUCCCCGCCCCGCCCCCGCCCGGCCCCGGCAGAUCUGCGGCGGGCGGGCCCCACCCUACCCACCGCCCGCCGGCCCUCCCUAGCCAGCCACGGUCAAGAUGAAUUGCGCAUAGAUCAAGCUUCAGUCUGAUGGAUUCUGACGACAAGAAGUUUGGCAAAGGACCUAGGGAGCUCACAGGUGCUGUUGAUUUAAUAAGCCAGUACAAACUGCAGCCUCACCAUGAUUUCUUUUGCAAGAGGCCUUUGCCACUAGCAAUCUCAGAUACACAUUAUCUUCACAAUGUUGUGGGGGACACUGAAAUUCGAAAAGGAGAAGGAAUGGAGCUAGAUCAACUUGUUCAGAAUGCAUAUUUAAGAGAUAAGCCUGCUUAUAUUCAGCCCUUUGAUAUGGAAACACUAGGGCAAGCGUUUCAGCUGCGAGAAACCACCCCAGUAGAUUUACCCUCAGCUGAAAAAGGUAUACCGACUAUCUCGGGCAAGUCAAAAAGUGAGUCCAAGGACAAAGAGAAGAAACAUAAAAAGCACAAAGACAGAGAUAAGGACAGGGAGCAUAAGAAGCACAAACAUCGACAUAAGGAUCGGUCUAAAGACAAAGAUAAGGACAAGGAUAAGAAAAAGGAUAAAAGUGGGCAUCAUGAGAAGAAGAGAAAGCAUGAGGGAAUGGAGGAUUCGGCAGAUGUGCAUAAGCACAAAAAGAGCAAGCAUAAGAGUUCCAAAACUGACGAGCUGGCUAAUGGACUUAGUUAGCUACACUUUUCUUCUUACUUCUAUUGUCAAUCCAUGCCAUAUAUUGUUAAAAGGAGGCUCACAAGGUUUCUGUCAUCAGACGCACCUGCAGAUUAAUGAUAUCAUGAAUGGCUAUUUCUUUGAAGAUGCUUAAGAUGGAGGCCUUACCUGCCGCUAAUUAUGUUGUUUUUGCAGUGUGGAUCCUUGUGAAAAUGUAACUUGAAACAAAGGGGCAAACCCAUUGUAUUUUGCAACUUGUUGUCCCUCACUGACUAAACUGGUUGCCUUGUAGGAACAAUCAGAUAGGACUUUUUAUGAGUUUUUUUUUUUUUAAGAUUAGGACAUCUUGGUAGGUGUUUUUAAUGAGAUAAUUGUUUGUAGACUAGGAGCAGUUCACCAUUUCAAUUAGUUAGGACUUCUGAGAUAUUUUUAUAGAUCAGGACAUCUAGGUAGGUGUUUCAAAUGAGAUGUUUAUUUGAGACUAGGAAUUGAGUGCGGAGAUCGUUGAUGUAGCAUGAGAUAGUGGUGGAAGGAUACUUGUAUGAUCUGAAAAUGUAGCUGUGCUGCUCUUGCUGAUAGGGGAAUCAAUCAAUUCACCUCCUA